CGGCGGCGGCGAGCGGGGCAGGCCCGGUGCGGCAGCGCGGCCCCGGGAACGCGGGCCGGGGCGCAGGGGCGCCAGGCCCCACCGCCGCCUCUGCGGGGCCUCCCGCAGCUCGUCCCGCCGCAGCCGCCGCCGCCGGCCCCGGGCCCCGAGCGCGGUGGAGGAGCCCCCCGAGGAGCCGGGCGCGCGCGCCCCGCGCCCCCCAGACAUGGUGGGCCACCUGCCCCUGCAGGCCAUGGAGGGCGGCCUCCAGGAGCAGAGCCGGGAAGGCAUGCUGGACAGUCCCGACUCGGGGCUGCCGCCCAGCCCCAGCCCCAGCCCGCCCUUCUACGCCCUGGCGCCUGCCCCCGCGGAGCCCCCCGGAGCCGCCCAGGCCCCAGCGGUAGCCCCCGCGCCCGAGAGGAGGCCCCGGAUGCUGCCUGUGUUCUUUGGGGAGACCAUCAAGGUGAACCCAGAGCCCUCGCAGGAAGUCCGCUGCAACUCGGAGGUCAAGUAUGCCUCAGAGAAGCACUUCCAGGACAAGGUCGUCUACGCGCCCGUGCCCACGGUCACGGCCUACAGCGAGACCAUCGUGGCGGCGCCCAACUGCUCGUGGCGCAGCUACCGCAGCCAGCUGACCCUGGAGCCGCGCCCGCGCGCCCUGCGCUUCCUCAGCACCACCAUCAUCUUCCCCAAGUGCGCCAGGAGCACCUUCCGGACCACCCUGCACUGCAGCCUGGGCCGGCCCAGCUGCUGGUUCACCUCCAGUGUGCGGCUGCAGCUGUGCGGGCACCCCGCGCCCGGCCCCGCGGUGCUCUGACGGGCGGGAGCCCUGGGAGGGGCCGGCCCCGGGGCAGGAAGCGGGAGGAGGCCAGCUGGCUCCCGACCAGCGGGGAGCGAGGCUGCUCCUGGCCGACUGCCCUGCCCCCGGCUGGGCUGCCGGUGCCCCGUCCCAGGGUGGAGGAGCCGAUCAAUGCAUCCAUUCUGUUAGGCCCCGAGCGGGCCAGGCAGUCUGGGCACGCCCGGUGGCGAGCCGGGGGAAGAGCUGUGCCAGGCCUGGUUGGGCCUGUGAGUGAGAGAAGCCGCCUGCCCCCAGACCCCUGCUCCGGGGAGGGCCGUCUCCAAGUCGUGCGUGUCCAGCUGCCUGGGGCUGCCCGGAAAGUGUCCAGACAUGGUGUCCCAGGGUCCUGGGGCCCCACCUGAACGGAAGCUUCUGGCCACACCGUGAGGUAUCCCCAGCCAACACCGUCACAUGACACCUUCAGGACCAGGACUCAGCCCUACGAGCCCUUGUGCCAGGUGCCCGGGGAGCCGCGGGGACACUGGGAAAUGUUGCUGCCACUAGCUGGAGGCUCCGCGAUUGGCGUGGGGGCCGGCCGCCUGUCCUCAGGCCUGGUCACCUCUGCAGGAGACGUGCCGGGCCCUAGCACAGACGGCUUUCCCUGGCACGUGUGACACUGCGGGAGGCUGGCAGCUUCCUGGGCUGCUCGGAGCCACUCACAUCCCCACCCCCGGGGCCGCCCACCCUCUGCCUGCCUCCCUGGCUCAGAUCUGAAUGCACGCAGCGCCCCCUGCUGGCCCCCAGGAGCCCUGGGGGCCGCUCCAGGCUCACCUUGGAGAGGCAGAAGGACUGGAUAUUUUGUAUCUACUCGGAGAACUUUUCAUAGACUGCUAACUUAAGUUGCCCGAGUUUUAAAUAAAACGUGCAGGGACUGGUGCUGUGGCGUGGCGGGUUAAGCUUAUCCCAUGGGGGCGCCAGUUCGAGUCCCGGCUGCUCAACUUUGAUGCAGCUCCCUGCUAAUGGCCUGGGAAAGCAAUGGAAGAUGGCCCAAGUGCUUGGGCCCCUGCACCUGCGUGGGAGACCCGGAAGAAGCCCCAGGUUCCUGGCUUUGGCCUGGCAUAACUCCGGCAGUUGGAGUCAUUUGGGGAGUAAACCAGCAGAUGGAAGACCUCUCUCUGUGUCUCUGUAACUCUACUUUUCAAAUAAAUAAAUAAAUGAAUCUAAAAGUAAUAAUAAAAAAUAAUGAGACGAGCAAAUGCAGAGGAGCUGCCGUCUUCCCUGCCACACAGCGUUAGCCCCGAGGGACCCCGCUGGGCACAGGCUGGACCUGCGCCAGCCCAGAGCCACUGAGCUCCGCCCUGGUCCUGGGUCGGGCCGGCUCUGCAGAGGGGCCGCCGGGUCUGCGUUCCUGACGCACACGAGAGCUCUCGGCACCCCAGACCCUGCUGCCCCCCACCCUGGAGGAUGUGCGCAGAGCCGGCAGCUGGGACGCCCCUCCCCCUCCCCCCUGGGGCUUCUGGGCCCUGGGUCAGGACUCUGGGCUGCCGGCGACAGUAUCAUUUCAGAGAUGGAGAACCAGGCUGGGAUUUGGCCCAGGGUCCGUGGUUGGUGAGGGUGGGGCCUGGGAGAGUGUUCCAACACAGAGGCGGUGAGGUCGGCGUGGCCCGCCGCAGUCCAGACCCAGCCGGCAGGACGGCACAGAGCACAGUUCCCCUCACUUCCACCCUGCCCACCGGGGGCGGGGGACUGCGGUUCACUCCCCAAAUGGCCGCAGUGGCUGGGCUAGUCCAGGAGGAAGCCAGCAACCCGGGACUCCAUCGCAGGUCCCCUCCGUGGGUGCAGGGGCCCAGGGACUCGGGCCAUCUUCCCCAGCGCAUUAGCAGGGAGCUGGAUCGGAGCAGAGCAGCUGGACGUCACCAACACGCAGGCGGCCGCUUUACCCGCUGCGCCACAGCGCCGGCCCCCUGAGGCUGAAUCCCGAGGUCUGUGACGAGGGAGACACAAGACUGGCCAGGAGCCGGGCCUACCCUGUGCCAGGCGUCUCCGCAAACGCUCGGGCUGCAUCCUUGACAAAAGCUCAACUCCAGCUCGAUUUCCAAUCACACCUCGAUCUCUUCCCCGACGCGGAAGGAGACGUGGGUCGGGCGGCGCCAGCGCAUCCGGCCAGCCCCGCAGCAGGCUUGGCUGAGACGACGGAGUGUGCAUGGCGGCCACACCCCUUGCCACUGUUACCCUCCCACCCUGUUCCCCUCUCUGUCUCAGCGUCCGCCUCCCACAGGACCCCGCCCAGCAAGGUGCCAUCUUCCGUGGGGGCCCUGGGGUCACUUCCCUUCUAAUGGUGUUGUGCCUCCUGGGGGCGCUGGAGCCCAGACAGGGGGAGGAGUUGGCAGGGCUGGGAGCCCCAGGCACCCCCUGGCUGUCGGCAGUGGGCCCAGUGAGGAGCAGCAAAGGUGCCCGGUGUGUCCAGCUCCUACCGCAGCCCCGGGACGUCCAUCUCCCAGACAGCGGCUGGACGCUCGGGCCCCGCUGCCCAGCCACGCGCUGCUCGCCGGGGCUCCCGGCGCCUCCAGACUCUCACACCUGCGGCCUCGCUGAGUGUGUGCUGGGCUCACGGCCCAGGCAGGUGCUGUCAUUUGCCUCACCCCUGGGGGGCGCCACACCGGGCCAGCUUGGGGAUGCUGGCGAGGACCAGGCCACUCUAUCCAGCAUCCGUGAGGUGUGUGCAGGGCCUUGGCCUCCCUGGCCAGAAACUUGGAUGUACAACCUGCCCCCCACCGACAGGUGUCUCCCCGCCUGCCAUCUGUUGGGCCCUGCACGGCCCCACCCCCUGUGCUGGCCCUGGGGUGGGGAGUGGUCAUGUGCAUUUUACCCUUUGACGGGGUAGACGCAGGGCCCACGGCCCAGCCCUCACGCUGCCGUCUCUGGAAUCCCCCCGCCCCGCCUCAAUCAGCCCUGCUGGGGACAGAGCGGCCACACAGAAGCUUGCCCCAGCCCCCCCGGCAUCUGGCUGCUCCCAGACGCACACAUCGGCGUCACUGCCGGCCGCCUCUUACCCCUUGCCUUCUGUGUGACCCCAAGCUGGGCCCAGGCCUUUGUCCGACUCUGCCCGUGGAGGCCCAUGGCCGGCCGAUGGCCUGACAGCAGCCCGCCCUCCCCUCGGCUCCAGAGGUCCCGGCCUCUGCUGAACCCCUGCUCUGGCCUCACACUCCUCCCCCUCAGCCCACCCAGGCCCACCUGCCCUGAGCAGAAAAACCAGCUCCUCCCUGCCAGAGACUGACACCGCCCCCCCCAGCUCCGCCUGGCUCGCCUCCCGCCUUGGCCCACCACAGGGUCUCCCUGCUUGGCCUGUGCUUCCCCAGGUGUGGGGCCAGCUCAGCCUCAGGCUGCCCCCUCCUCCCCAUCCCAGAAACACCUGUGCAAACACGAUUCCCGGGGUGCACCCUGGGCAGCCCUGGCCGGCAGCUGCCCCUACCGGUGCAAGUGUGCGCUGAUUGCCACUGCACAUGGUCCACACAGCGGCAGCGCAGGGGACAGUGGGCGCAGAGAGCAGGCGGGGGCGGCAGGAGCUCUGCCCCCAGGUGGAACAAGCCUGUGGCCCACAGCCACAUUAAGAGGGACCGUGGCCUAGGGAGGUGCCUGCAGGAGGCGCCUGGGUUCCAGGUCAGGGCAGUCUGUGUGCGGGUUGGAGGCACUGGGCCCGUUGCUGCCUCCAGUGCCACCUGCUGGUCAGUCUCAGUACUGCAGCAGGACGUUAGUACUGAGUUGGGCACAUCCCAUAGGGUCUGCUGCGUGGAGACCCCAAGGCACCCACCAGCAGGGACCCUGAGGAUGCAAACUCCUCUCCCAGCGGUCACGUCCCGGACCUCCCAGUCCCCAAUCCAGGGGAGGCAGGGCUCCGCAUGGACUGGGGAGGUUGGAGCGGUGCACCCAGGUUCUGCCCCAACUCCUGCAGAGCCUGCCAGUCUCUUCCCCUGAGCAAAGGUGGGGGGGGGAGUGAGACACCCGCACAGGACAGGGACCCUGAGUCCUGGAGGGCCAGGCCCAGCACGUGAACAAGGGCCCUUCAGCCCCCAGGCAGCCAGCCGGACCAGGUCCCCCUGGGGGCAGCUGGGGCCACCUGUCCUUGGGGGGCUGAGACUAGCGCCUGUGAGGUCAGGGACCACAGAGCUUGGCAGGACUCAGAAAUGCCUGCCCAGGAAGCAGACCUCACUUGGACCAUCCCCGAGGCCUGAGGGCAGGGAAGCUGCCCACACACCCUGCUGGUUUUGGGGAGAAGCGCCCCCCCCCCCACCGCUGACAAUGGCUCCAGAAACGUGGUGAGGGCAGGGGUGGGAUUGGUGGCCACACUCUCGCCAGCACAUGGUGCUCCCGGAGGGCUGUGGCGUGGCUCAGGGGGCUCCGCCCGGGGCUGCUGGGGGUCUUAAGGGCAGAGGGAGAAGGUCCAGGCAUGUGCCCCAUCCUCCAACAGCUUGAGCCACCGCACGGGGGCGGUGGGGGGCACAGGUGGACAGGGGCCUCCUACAAGGCUCCGGGCAACACCCCGCAAGCGGAGGCCUGGUGGCUGUUGUACAGGGAGGGGAGGGAGGGGGAGCCGGGCCACUGCGCCCAGGGACGUGGCCACGAGGGAUGCGGGGCAGGCUCUGGGGGGCGGAGCCCUGGACACCACAGCAGGGCCGUAGCAGCUUUGAUCCAGGCUGGCAGGAGCGACUCUCCCACCACAAGGACAGCAGGGGGUCCCACAGCAACUGCGCACUGGUGGCCAGGGGCCGGCGCUGUGGAGCAGGGACUUGAGCCGCAGCCAGCGACGCCGGCAUCCCACAUCUGAGCUCUGGUUCGAGUCCUGGCUGCUCCACUUCCAGGCCAGCUCCCUGCUAAUGGCCAGGGAAAAGCAGGGGAAGGUGGCCCAGGUGCUUGGGCCCCUGGACCCACAUGGGAGACCCGGACGAGGCUCCUGGGUAGGGCCUGGCCCAGUCCUGACUGUUGUGGCCAUCUGGGGAGUGAACCCAGCAGAUGGAAGCUGUCUCACCCCUGUCUGUAACGUGGCCUCUCAAAUAAACAAGUCGUGUCCCCUUGGUCACUUA